AGGGAUGGGCCAUUUCGUGGGCUGUAGGAGGCAUCUUAGUCCCAACCCAGGAUUAAAAGUCACCCCCCUGAAAACACAAAACCACACUGAGAGAAGCUGUCAUUAUCCACACAGGAGCUCAUACAGGUCAGUGCCACGUUCAUUCUAUGGUUAGAGAUUCUGAAUGAUUCAGUGCAAAAUUUCUGAAAAUAUAUAUACAUACAUACAUACAUACAUGCAUACAUACAUACAUACAGUAUAACUAUGAUGAAUAAUGUAUGGCUGACAUAAGUGGCAGGUGACAUUGUUAAGUGGUCUAAAUAUACUUACAUAUCCAUCUAAGAUAGCAUAGUAUACGCAAACUGAUUUUUCAUUUGGGCUAUCUGUGCCACCAGGUCAACAAAUCUUCUAUGUGUGUCCAAUUAGUUUCCAAUUCACGCAUCUGGUUUAGAUUGUAAACGCUGAGGCACUUUUCUAAUGCAACCAUAUAUUGUGGUUUAUUCACCUCCAUGGCAAUAUAACUUGGACACCUGGAACCUGUACACCUGUUAACUCCUUAUCAAAUGUUCAUACAUAUAUUUUAAUACAUAUUAAUAGUAGCAGUACCUAAUCCAGUUUAUAUUUGGAUUGCCACAGUUAAUUCUAUUAAAAACUCAACCAUAAGUUUUGUUUUGCAUUUUGAUUUUUAACAAGCGCAUACGUUUUCAUAUUUACAUAUAUUUUUUUUAUUAAUUCCUUUGAAUUAGAUGACUUUCACCAGAUUUACAGAUAAAUGCAAAAAUAUUUUUUUUUUUGUGUAUAUAAUUUAAUUAUACCGACAACUAAAUUGAUAAAUUAAUUUUAAAAGCUAUCCAAACUUUUUGUACAAUUUGAUUGUUAGUACUUUAACAAGUUGCUGUUUAGUGGACAAACCCCUGUGUAAAAACACAUACAUGAAGUGUAUGGUUUAUGGCAAUUUUACUAGCUGCAAACCAUGGCAAUAUACACAGCAUCUUAUUUUGUCCAACUACUGCAAUUCAUUGUCCUAUUUAAUGUAAGGGUUAAUAACAGACAUAACUCAUUAAUGUACUGUAGGGGGCGUUGGGAUACAAGCUUGUUCAGAUGAAGGCAAAGUUUUUUUGACUUCCAAAAACCUGUAAAUGUACAUGUGUUUGAUUCAGUGUAUGUGAACGUUUGCAGGCCAUUUACACGUCUAUGCUGUUACAGUCAGAGUGUAUGUAAACUGCAUGAGUUUUGUUUGUUGUAUAAUAUUUUGUAUCUACACUGCCUAUUGAAGAGACUUUGUUAGAGAAGACAGUGUCAAAUUAUUUGGUAUUACAUUGUCAGAUGAUACAGGGCAGUGAAAAGAAGGGUGGAGGGAUAGCUGUGAGUGGGGGAUAAGGAGUUGGUGGGUGCGGCUUUGUUUUUACCAAAACUUCCUCUUUUCUAUUUUCUUUAAUUCUUUUUUUUGUAGCUACAUUGAGCUGGGGGUGCACGAGGUGCAAAGAGAAUUCAGAUUUAGUGUGGAUGUUUUAACACAAGAGUUGAAACAAAGUUCAGAACGGGUUUGUCCAUGUCAGUUAUCUUAUUGCUAAAGUUUUUGUCACAUGAGUCUGGCUGUGUGCGUGUGAGACAUAUGAAUCCUGACUCUACUCUGAGACAGUCCCAACGCAUUUAUAUUGUCCAUAAUUACAGUGAAUAAUUGUAUGUCACAGCAUUUCUUCAUAAAACCUAACAUUUGUAUUGUUGUCAGACAAAAGGUAGCUUAGUUCUAGACUCUCAAACUUUGUUACCUUGUGGCAUACCACUGCUUCCAAUAAUUUGAACUAUUUCUGUUGAAAAUAAAUCUAUUUUCAGGAAAGAUCUAUUUUUUAAUUUAAAAAAAUGCUUGUUUUUUUUUUUUUUUUUUAGGAAAUCUCAAUAUGUCAAGGUCUACAGAGAGGAAGAAGUCCUGGUGGGAAAAGUGCUGUCCGUGCUGUGCCAGUAAUCGAGGAGAGGACACUGAGGACUAUGUAUCAAGCACUGGAGGAGGAUUUAUAGAUAGACCUGGAAGGCCUACAGACAGACCCAGGGACCCUGAUGGAUCAGGAAGGGGAACAGGGUCAGAAACAGGGACAGACACAGUUACAGACACAGUUACAGGGCCUAGGACUGGGGAAGGCAGAGACAGAUCAGAUAGAAAUACUGACAUAAAUCUGGAUGAUUUGCCUUCUGGAGAGAUAAGCAGUGAGUAUAAGUUCAACUAUACUUCAUGAACUUCUGCUAUUGUCCCUUAAUGCUUUUCAACUGAAUUCUACAUCCUUUUUCUUUAUUAUUGCUUUUUUAUUAUUAAUAUUUAUGACCUCUUAACUUUACUCUUUAUAACUCUUCUUUCUUGUUUGCCCUAAACUAAAUUGCACCCAACGUCUGACUCUUUCGCUGAACCCCCUCUCAAUAUUGUACCCAAAAUAAAUGAUACCGAUGUCCUCUUAUGUCCUCUUAGGAACAGCACUGCAAAUUCAAAGUGUGGAUCUUCUUAAAAGUCGGAAUGGUGAGAACCGUCAAUCCCAUCACACAGAUCAAUAUGAAUAUGAGGACCUCAUAGUGCGCAGAGGGAAACCCUUCAAAAUAAGCAUUACCUUCAAGAGGUCAUUCAAUAUCAAGAGUGACCAAAUUGCAGUAAUUCUACAAAUGGGUGAGUGAUACUAUAACACCAGCCUAGACUGAUUACAUUAUAUUCUAAAACAAGCAAAAAUAGAUUAAAUAAAAUGACUAAUCUUUUCAUAAUUGAGUGGCAUCAUUUAAUCGUUUUUCUAAAAUGUUCUAAAAUAGACAGAGCUUGAUGAAGUUAUUGCAUGGACCGUGCAAAACUGACAAUGCCCAAUUGAGGCACAAUUUGUUUUGUAGAGGCGUCAAAAUUGACUUGACAAACUGAAUUCGAUACUGUAAUAUUAUUAAACAUACAAAUUAAAAUUAAAAAAUAAAUGUUGUUAAAGUUAGAAAAUUCCAAACCCGAUUUCAUGGAGACAGAUUUGGAAAUCAAAGCAUUGUAAAUUUUUAGAUAAAAGAGUAGAGAAAAGAUCUGUUCACUAUACUAUGUAUACCUAUGUUAUGAAAAAAAAUGACAUUUGUUUCUGACAUUGUAUCUAAAUUGGAUUUCAGUUGAAUAGAUCCCAAGCAGGGUUAUAAACUAAAGUAAGAAUCAACAGGAAUUCAAGGUAGAUUCAAAGUGAAUAUCAAAUUUAAGGUCAAAGUAGCCUGAACUGAAAGCAUAGCUGACUUGGAGGUUUUUUUUCCAUUUUGGCUUUAAAUGUGAAAUUCACUUAAAAUUCCCAACAAUUCUUACUUUAGUGAAUAACCCUAUAUGGCUUUUCUUGUGUCUUGGUGUUUGUUUUUGGAAGUUUUGGAAGUAGUAGGAAUAAUGCACCAAUAUCAUUGACAGUUAUAUGUGAAGAUAGACUAUUGUGUUGUAAUUGGCCCCACUCUGAUAAUUUUUAAAUGUUUAAAGGUAUGUUUGAGAUGCAAAUAUAAUUAGCACUUGGGUCACUUGCUUUUCAUAUAUGGCUUUGCUCUUUAUAUGGAUUAUGGUCAAUUUAACUACAACACUGUAAGCUUCAUGACUGAGAAACAAAGGACAUUUAUUUCAAGUUUGUAUUUUAUAUUCAUGAUCAUCCAGCACAUAUCGAUAUUCAAUAAAGUGAGAACUUAAAGGGACACUAUAGGCACCCAGACCACUUUAGUUCAUUGAAGUCAUCUGGGAGCAGUGUCCCAGCACCCUUAACUCUGGAAAGUUAGGGACCUCCGGGUGGUUAGGCAACUUUCUUCGCCUAACUGAUGUUGGGCAUCCUUACGCUGUGCACAAGGACUUCCCACGCCCCUGAAACCCCAUAGGAAAGCAUUGAAUAAUACUUUCCUACGGGGAAAUCCUAAUGCGAGCACGGCCAUGCACUUUAGGUUGGUUUUUAAACCUUUCUGCACCAUAGUGGUGGAGAGGUGUGCACUAUAGGAAGAUAUAGUUCCAGGAAAACAGCUUUGUUUUCCUGGCACUAUAGCUAGUUUCCCUUUCAAGUGAAUUUAAAAUGUAAGACCAAAGUAGCUGAAGUAUUAGCAUAGCUGACUAUUUCUUACCUUAAAUUUGAAUAUACUUUGAAUUCUCACUUUACUGAAUAACCCUGAGAGAGUGUAUCAAUCUGGAAGCAACAAUUGAAUGCUGUUGUGAACCACAAGAUGGUUUCGGCACUCUGUGUGUCUGUUACUCAGUGAACAUCUUGUAAUGCAAGAUGAACCACUGUCAGUAUCCUUUCCAGACCUCAUCAUUUUCAGAAGGGAUUGGUGCUGAUGAUUUUAUAACUUAAUGAGAUGCGGUAUUGCACAAAUUAUUUAUUUAUUUAUAAAAUAUUUUACCAGGAAAGAUACAUUGACAUUUCUCUCGUUUUCAAGUAUGUCCUGGGUCAAAUAUUUUAUACUAUCUCAGCUUCUGAGUCCAGAUGUAGAAACUUGGAUGAUGGGGGGCUCUAAUCUGGUAAACGUAAAAAAAUAAUGAGUUAAACGUGAACAAUUUCAAUGUAUGAGAAGAUCAUGUGAAAGGUAAGAGCAUUAUAAUAACUGGAUAAUCCUGAAGUACAAUAAAGCAAUGUAUGCAUGAAUAAUAUAAAUCAACAUUUUUAUGAUGCAAAAAUACUCAUCGGAUCCUAUCGCGUGUAUAAUCAUUCUUAGUUAGAUCUAAUACAUUUACUGACUACUGACAGUUCAUUGGGUCUAGAAAAACAGCUUCAGUGAUUAAGCAUCAUUAAACUGAGACUAUUGCACAAAACAAGGUGUAACGUGGGACUCCCUUAAUCAGAUCAUUUAAUAAUGUAAAUGAUAUAUUAAUGAAAAAAAAUACACACAGGCCCAUCCCUAUAAAACAGUAUAUUCUCAUUCUGUCAGCGUGUUGGUAAGCCAGUGUAACUGAAAUGAUCAUCAGACUGAUCCAUGACUCCCAGCCACAGACUUUAUUACAUGACAAAGUCUCUUUAAUAAUUAUAUUUACUAGAAACCAAGAAAUAAAAUGAUGAGACUAGUAUAUGGGAAUGUGAGGAUGCUUUUUGAAAUAAUGCUGUAUAUUUAUGAACCAUCAAUGUCAUUCUAGUUAUACAUAGAUGGAUAGAUAGAUAGAUAGAUAGAUUGAUAGAAUGACACAAAGUAUUGUCUGACAGUUGAAUCUGAUAAUACAAUCUUAUUCUACUGAUGGUGCCUGUUUUUUUCAUGUCUAUUUGUAGUUUGCUAGCCUUUCCUGUCUGAGGACCUUUCCCAUACCCCUCAUUGAUAAUGUACAGAUGUCUAUCUUGUACAAGUUGCAGAAAUGUAUAAUCUUUAAUUAUAAUUUAAUGUGGUGUCUGGCUAGUGGCCUAGUGCCUCUCUAAUGCCAGAGUCUCUCUUUAAUGUGGGGUUUUCAUCUGAUGUUGAAGGCUGGUCUCUGAUUGUUGGUCUAUUCUUGGAGUGAAAUGAAAAGGGUUGAGAAUAUAUUUAAAUCAGCCUUGAAGAUCUUAACACAACAUGAAUCAAAGUUCACAGUCACUGGGACCUCCUCAAAAUUUGCCAUAAGCAAUGUUUCAGCUCUGAGCUUCCUUCAUGUUUUAAUGCAAAAUCUGAGUUGUUUUCAAAACCAUGGUGUCAUUGGUGUGAACACUGUCGUUUAUGCUGGAUGUUGCUUAUAUUAUAUUGUCUCUCUUGCAGCUAAUGGUCAACCAAUCACCUUGCCCCUGAUUAAAGAGUUUGAUGAAGGUGGCUGGGGAUGCCAGGUGUCAGAUGUCAGUGGUCAGAAAGUCAUGCUAUGGGUGAACACAUCUGCUCAGGCUCCAGUAGGAAAGUACCAGCUAUCUGUGCGGACACAGUGUCCAGGAGGAUCCUAUGCUCACCCUACAGACUCAAGCCUCAAGGUCUACCUAUUGUUCAAUCCCUGGUGUCGCAGUAAGUAUGUUGAGCAAUCACAAGUCCUACAGAUGGGACUCCAUAAAACUGGAAUAUUCUUUAUCAUCGCAUAUUCUAUUAAUCCUUUUCCUGUAUAUUUCCAGCAACCCAUACAGCUGCAUCUGGGUUGACACUUCAGAAUUCUCCAUUUGGUUAGGCAGGUUGCUUGAAAGAGCUACCUGUAAUAUUAAAUCAAUUAACAAACUAUGGUUUUUUUUUGGUAUCCUGGACAUAAUUAAUUAAUUAAUUAACUUUACAUUGUGAGUAUAGCAAUAUAAGGCAGGAACCUUUUUUCAAGUCCUACCUGACAGAAUGAAGAAUUCAUAAGUUUCCUGAAAAAAUGUCUACAGCAUGACCUCUCUCCACUAUCUCACAAUGUUUCUUAAUCCUUUCCCAUUUUUUCUUUUUUAACUCAGUAUUUCUUAAUUCUUUCCUAUUCUUUCUAUCUCUAACUCUUUAUUUCCUUUGCAGUGGAUGCCGUCUUCAUGGACAAUGAAGCUUGGCUUCAGGAAUAUGUCCUAAAUGAGAAUGGACGUAUUUAUUAUGGCACUGAGUAUCAGAUUGGAGAACGAUCUUGGAGCUAUGGACAGGUACAUCAUUUCUCAUCUCCCCUUCUUAUUUUACUAUUGUGGCUUGUGGACUCCUAACAUUUCUAUUUAUGCCUCUUUCUCUUUUCUAAGGUAAUGAUGUCAGUGUUAUAUAUUUCAUUUGUUUUAAAUCAGUAAACAGACAGUAAAGGAGAUAAAACACUUUUUGAUAAAAUGCAUAUAAAGCUGAAAAGUGUAGUCCAUUCGUAGUUUGUGAUAAAGGGAAUGUAAAUGUUUUUCAACAUUAGCAGAAAAUCAGGACAAAUCAAAUGUUUUUAUUUAUUUAUUUGUAGAGCAAAUUAGUUUAAAUAGAUGAUGAUGUCUGAAUCUACCACUCAGGCAUCUGAAAUUAAUUAAUUAAAGGAACGCUAUGGGCACCAAAACAACUUAAGUUUAAUGAAGCAGUUUUGGUGUAUAGAUCAUGCCCCCACAGUCUCACUGCUCAAUUCCCUGGAAUUUAGGAGUUAAAUCACUCUGUUUAUAUAGCCCUAGUUAUGCCUCCUUGCAUGUGACUUGCAUAGCCUUUCUAAACACUUCCUGUAAAGACACAUCUAAUGUUUACACUUUAUUGUACAUUCUGUUUAAUUUAGAAUUAUUUAUAUCGUACCAUGUUAUCUAAAUCAUGCUGGAGCCUCCAGUGUGUGAUUAAAGUACAAUUUACAGCAGAUAAAAACUUCUAAAGGAAGUUAACAUCUGACUGAAUACAAUUUUUUUUUUCAUGGAGGCUCAAAACAACGGCUUUGUUUUCCUGGCACUGGAGAGUCCCUUUAAUGAUUUCUGUCUAUAUCCUGUUCACAGAGUUUUCUAGCAUGUAGAACAGGAUAUAGACAUAAAUCAUUAAAUAUGUCCUGAGGUCACUUUUGUAUAUUUCAAACAAGAUAAUUUCCCAAUCACUAUGGUUGGAAUAAAUAAAGCAGUCAAUUUAACUUUGUGAUUGAUUUCGUAAUGUGUCCUGCUUACAAAAUGUUAUUUCAGUGGCAUUCACUAAAGUGAGAAUUGUUAGGAAUUCAAAGUGAAUUUAAAGUGAAUUUAAAAUUCUUGUCUAAUAUAGCCAAAUUAGAAAAAUAUCCAAACUAAUUCUAUGUGUGCAAAUUAUUUUACAUCAUUCCAUAUUCCUGCUCAGUCCUGAUGCCAUUUUCUCUCCUUCAUAGUUUGAUAAAGGAGUGUUAGAUGCUGUGAUGUAUAUACUGGAUCGUGGAGGAUUGUCACCAACAUCUCGAGGUGAUCCCAUCAGUGUUACACGAGUCAUAUCUGCUAUGGUAAGAGUCCUGUGUGUGGGAUGCCGAAUAUCAGGGUGAAUUAUAAUGUGAGAAGCAGAAAUAAUAUAUGAUAGUUUAUUAAGGACAUAUAUAUAGGUAUCUAUAUGCUUGUAUGUGUGUGUGUAUAUAUAUAUAUAUAUAUAUAUAUAUAUAUAUAAAUAUAUGUAUGUGUGUGCGCGUGAAUUAUCAGUUCCUCAAUCUCUGCUUCCUCAUCCCUCCAGGUGAAUUCCAUGGAUGACAAUGGUGUGAUUGCUGGAAGCUGGGCUGAUGAUUACCCUGAUGGAGUGAAUCCAGUUGCCUGGGUUGGCAGUGUAGAUAUAUUGCUCCGUUUUCACCAGACAGGAAGCUCUGUCAAAUAUGGGCAGUGCUGGGUUUUUGCUGGUGUGACAACAACAGGUAAUGUGCAACAAGAAGGACAAAAGAAGGCAGGGGAAAGGGGUUCUGGGUAGUGUAAAAAUGAUCAGUAUCAAACACAACUGCACCUAGUGGAAAUAUACAAUUGCAUGAAUUUCAAAAGCUCUCCUUGCUCAAUAUUUUACCUUUCUCCCUAUUGUCUUUUGUCAUUGCUCAGUUCCAAACUGAUCAAAUGGGCUCUUUCACUUGCUGCCUACUCAUCCUGCCUUCUGUGCUUUGUCUUUGCAGUACUGCGCUGUCUGGGGAUCCCAGGGCGCACCAUCACAAAUUUUGCCUCUGCUCACGAUACUGAUGGAAACCUGACGUUUGAUGUGUACUUUGACGAGAACAUGAAGCCUUUAGAGGACAAAAACAGCGACUCUGUCUGGUAAGAGGCCUAGAGUGAAGUAAUACAUGGGUAUACUUAUAUUAUUAUACGCAUCGGUAGCGGCAUCUAUCAAUUUGUCUUUGAUCCCCUGGCUAAUUUUCAUCGCAUUUCAUUUUUAGCUCCAAGUCCCCUGUAAUACUGAGAGAGAAAUAAUAUCUCCAAUUACAUUGUUGGUGAUAGUAUCACGUUAAUGCACCAUAUUCAGGGUUAAUUAUGAAGCACAAUUAUUAAUGCACCAUACUUCUGGUUAAUUACACAGCACAGUGUGGGGUUAUUGCUGUGUGUGCAGGAUUUUAAUACUAGGGGCUAAGGGUCAAUACAAAUCAUCACUUUUAUAAAACUUGACUGAAAGUUCUCUCCAGCUGUUAGUCACAGAGCGGGUUAGGUUUUCUUCUGCUUCCAUUAGCUCCACAGAAGGGUGUGUCUGCCAUCCUCAUUUCUCAAUGAGCUGUACUACAAAAUAUUUUUUUAGAAAAAUUAAAUGGAGUGGAAUGUCCCUUUGAUGCAGUAGGUGUGGAGUUUAUAAAUACACAAAGAUUUGGUGUCAAAGUGUAAUUUUCAGAAGAUGGUACUUGGGGUUAGUCCUUGGGCUUGGCAUAAGGUUGGCUUAAUUCAAUAUAUAUAGUAUAGAGUACUUUUUUAUGAUUUUUCCUACAUAUAUAUACAUGAAUUACAAUAUAUAUAUAUAUAUAUACAGGAAAAAUCAUAAAAAGUACUUUUGGGCUGACACCCCUGAUCUUUUUUUCCAAGUAGUAUGUCCUUGCUGGACUGGCAUUCUGAUAGGAGGGAACUUUAUUGAGAUUUAAUGAGCUUGCUAUGCUAUAAAUGGAUGGAUUUAAUAAAUAACUAUUUGUGGAUGUAGAUGUGAAAUUCUAAUUAUGUAUCAAUAUACAGGAAUUAUCAUUGCUGGAAUGACUGCUGGAUGACACGGCCAGACUUGCCCCCUGGAUACAGUGGAUGGCAAGCUAUUGAUGCCACACCACAGGAGACCAGCAGUGGUGAGCAAACAUAGCAUAUCUCCAAACAUUCCCUUAAGCUUUUCUUCCAUUCCCUUUCUUCCCUACUACUUAAUACUACUUGCUACACCCUAUCAUCCUCUCUAAAUCCAUAUCACCCUUGUCUUUUAGGUACGUACUGCUGCGGACCAUGUCCACUACUUGCUAUCAAGAAUGGAUUAGUUAAUAUAAAAUAUGACACACCAUUCCUUUUUUCUGAGGUACUUUAUGUGUGCAACCUGUGUACAUGUUUUUUUGUUCUCUACAUUGUAUAGUUGUCUUAUUUUGUGUUUUGUAGUUCAAUGUCACAUUCUAGUUUUUUUUUCCCCAAAUAAAAGAAAAUCUUGUAGUUGUUCAAUUAAUAAGAAUUGCUAUUUGUUAUUUUGUAUAAAUCAGGUGAACAGUGACAAGGUCUUCUACCAAAGAAUGGCAAAUGGCCAGUUUAAAAAGGUCCAUGUGGAGGAGAGAGCAGUGGGACAUUGUAUAAGUACCAAAGCUGUGGGCUCGUAUGCAAGAGAGGACAUCACUUACCUGUACAAGUAUCCAGAAGGUAACAUACCAUUGUUCUUAAACAGUACCAACUUGGUUUAAAAAAAAAAAAGAAAAAAAAGCUGCACCAUUUUGUAAUAGUAUAAUACUGUAACAGAUGUAAAACCCAAACAGGUACCCUAAAUAAGACAAAGAAUAAACUUUGACACUAUCUGCCAUUAAGAAUUCACAUUCACACCUAGUGUAAUAGUCAGUUAUAUGUUAAUCAGCACCCUGAUGUACAGAGUGUUCCAGAGCCAACUUGCCAACAGCUGAUGGGCCCAUGUUUUGACACACAGAGCCCUUGAACACGCUGUACAUCAGGGCCCUGAAUAACAUAUUUGUAGUUUAAUGUUGCUUUUCUGACUAUUACACUAGAUGUGAAUACAUUAGAUUAAAUAGAGAGAGAGAGAGAGUAUGAGAAAAAUAUCAACUGCUCAGUGAUCUUUAUUUUAUUUAUUCUUACAGUGUAUCCAAUUAAACAAAUAAGAAAUAGAGUUCAAGACAGCUAUUUUUUAUCUUUACUAAAAUAUACUUAGUGGCAACCCCACCCCCAAUUUGUGUUUCCUAUAGUAGCAAAAAAGAGCAAAAGGUGAAAGUGAAACACAUUAUUCUCUACUCUACACCAGGGUUCACCAAAAUCUGCCCCUCCAGAUGUUAAUGGACUAAAACUUCCAUGGUUACCUGGCUAUCUAUUUCAUUCAAAAGUCAUGGGAGUUGGAGGGACAGAGUUUGGCGUACCCUGCUCUUUACAUUUAUGUACCAAAUGGAACAGUCAUGGGUGCCAGCAUGUAAAAAAACAAACAAACACGGAAGACAUAUCUGCUGCAUAUCCUGGUACUUAGUUAAUACAGAUACAUUUAUCUGACGUGACAUGAAAGCCUUCUUCUGGCACUGGAGUGUGAAACUGAUAAAAUUGAGUUAUCCAAUGCUUAUAAGAUUCUGUGGCAGGCAACACCAGAGCCUACAGAUUAAGUGUAAAUUGAACUACUGUCAUUUCCAAUGUUUAUGCUGUGGCAGAAGUUGUCAGAAUCUGAUGUUUGUCUACUGACUCCCACCUUAUGGAAAGGAUAAAUAAAAGUAUCAGAUACACCCAACUCUUUAUCUGGAUCUUCCAAUUUUUGUUUCCAAAACUUAAUGAAAAAUACCAUUGUUGACUCAAGCACAAAUAAGCAUUGUGACACAACAUUAUGUAUCAUUAGCUUCCAAGGAACAGCUGAGUCAGAAUAAAAUUAUAUUUUUAUUGCUCAGCUUCCCACAGCUACGAUGAUGACAUCAUUUUGUCAUACUACCUCUGUCGUUAUAACUCUCUAAAAGCAGUUUUAAAUUCUGAGUUAUUUUAAACCUUAAUUGGUCUUAAUUUAUUGUAACUCUAACAACAAUGUUUUUUCACAUCACUUGGAUUUUCUUUCUCAUGCCAUUUUUUUUUUUUUAGGUUCAGCAGAAGAAAGGAAUUCUGUCCGCACCGCUGCCCAGUAUGGAAACAAACCAAUGGCCGUAGCUGAACCAUUACAAACAGAAGAUAUAGUCAUGACCGUUGAGUCUCAGGAUGGCGUUCUCACAGGCAGUGACAUCAAUGUUCGCGUGCUGCUGAACAAUCGCAGCAGCAGUCGACGAUCGUUGUCCUUAACCAUGUCUGUUGCUGUCAUGUACUAUAAUGGGGUCUGCAAAGAGUCAUUCAAAAAUGACACCCGUAAUGUUUCAAUAAAUCCAGGAGAAAGUAAGACUUUAGACAAUUCUACAAGCAUGCAAUCACCUGUAAAUGCAUCCCUUAUUCAUUAGCUCUACAUCUCUGUGAAUUAUCUUGCAUUCCUGAUCUUGUUGCUCCAUGUCCUAGACAUCCAUUGUCAAUUUCCACCAUUCUUUAAUUUUUCUGUCCCUUCAGUACCCAGCUGUUCCAUGUCUUACACUUUUUUUGCCAUGUCUUACACUUCAUUGCCUAUGUUUUCAGGAUUGUCUGUUUUGCUCACCAACAAUGACAAAACCACCUAUUUUCCAUUUUACAGCAAAGUCUGUGGGUAUGCUUGUGAGUUACAAUGAGUAUCGCACGCAUUUGUUAGAUCAAGCAGCCAUGAUGCUUACCGUGUCCGGAAUUGUACAAGAGACGGGUCAGAAAUUAGCCAAACAGCAUACAUUUAGAAUACGUACACCAGACCUGGACAUUAAGGUAAAUUCUCAUUGUGUACUUUAGUGUGUGUUGUGCCUCUAUGUUUAGCUCCACAAUGAGGAUGUGCUAAUGAUGCUGGUGAUCCCUUCCACUAAUGUGCAAAGGCAGACUUUGUUUUGAUGUUGUGUAUUAUGUUUUUGUUCUGUUAUUUUAUGAUAUGUACCCAAAGAUGCUGUGCUUUGUUUCAUGAGGUCACAUAUGCAUAGUCAUACUUUACUGUGUGUUAUUUUAUUGUAGGUACAUGGAGAAGCUGUAGUCGGACAGCAGAUCACGGCUACGAUCGUAUUCCAGAAUCCUCUUGAGAUAGUUUUACACAAUGCAGUAUUCCACGUAGAAGGACCCGGUCUGCAGAGGCCAAAAACUGUACCAGUCGGGUAGGUGACCCUCUUAUGCUGCUUUUUCAUUUUUUUUCCUCUAUCUACACCUUCCCUUUCACUUUAAACAUUCUCUCUUACAAUCUCUCUACACUACUACACUUGUUUAUCUAGGCCACUCCUCAUAUAUUGUGUUUAAUCAAGAAGUUAAUAACAUCAAAAUUACCCUUACAUAUUAUAUUAUUCUUUUUAUAUAGUAUUAAUAAAAUAUACAUUUUAGAUAUCUUCAUUAAAAAAAACUUCUUUAAGUGAAUGUGAAUACAUUUGCCAAAUAAAUUUCAAUGAAGGGAACUUACAUAUUGGGAAACCUGGAAUGGUGGUGGUAAUUUUGAAAAUAGCAUUUUCAGAACUCAAGUCAUAUUAGUCACUGAAAUAAAUUGUUUUGUGAAUAUGUUAAGUUAGAUAGUCCUUUAUUUGUGUCUCUUUCAUUUCUAAGAUUACCUCAAUCAAUAUUCGGUUUGAUCAUUUAAUAGUGGCUUCUGGUAAAUGUGAAAUGCAGGCUAAAUUAAAUCGAGACUUUUUUUUAAAUUCAACUAUUGCAACCUAAAUAUUAAAAUUUGUUUGUUUAUUCACCACUAAUGAAUAAGCCAUUGAGUUGGCUGAAAAUCCUGAUUUGAUAUAGGGCAUUAGUUUCAUAAACACCAAACUGCAUUACAUUUAGACAUAACAAACUCGACAAUCUUCUGCAUUUCACUACAUAUUCUACAGGUUCUACACACCACUGCGUACUUUGGCAAUGCUAACAUGCUUCUCUUUUCCUCAUAACCAUUUAUUGGUUUGCAUUGUGUUUUUUUUUUUAUUUUGUGUUUUUAUUAUUGGUUGCAUGUUUAGUGGGUGUACAUUUCAUCUGGGAGAAAAAAAUCUCUAGCUCCCUGUUUUAGUUUAUGCACAUUUCCUAUUUUAUAUCUCUGUCUCUAAGUAAAAAGUCAAAAUAUACACUUUUUUUUUUAUAUUGUCCAAUCCCUUACAACACUACUAAGUUCAUGCACAACUAUUAUCAACCUUUUUUUCAUUCAAAAUCUUUCUCUCUUUUCCACAGUGAUAUUGGGCCCAGGAAGACAGUGAGCAUACAAGAGAAUUUCACACCACAACGUCCAGGUCCUCGCCAGUUUAUUGCCUCACUAGAGAGUAAUGAAUUGAGCCAAGUGCAUGGAUCCACUGAAGUUGUAGUGCGUAGUAGCUGAGAUCAUUGGAAGCCAAACCAAGCCUAGAACCAUCCUGCAUUACGCAUUCAGUAUUAUUGGAUGACAGACCUACAGCGAUGACCUCAAACUUGAAAUAGUCUUCUAGAGAUUGUUACCCUGUUAAAGGUAACAAGAUGUAAUGUCGUGUUACAUGCCAAAAAAUAAUGUGACGUUAUAUUGACCACUUCACGGAUCAUUGUGAAUGUUAGAGACUUCUUAUGCCUUUGACAAAGGCAGAGAAAACGAACUACCUAAAUGGAAGAAGACUGCUCUUCUGAAACAUAGGUCUGUCUGGAUGUUGCUGUCAUUGUAGCUGUGGCUUGUUUGUUCGCUAAAAGACACUGUAAUACUGUGAGCUCGUCUGACAAGGAUUUCUUAGUGUAGCCUUGACAACUGUUCUUCAACUAUAUCUAAUACAUGAACUUUGACACGUGUUCCUUCUAAACUGUACACUCCAAAAUUGAAACAGUCAAAAGACAUAAUUUGAAAAGCUUUAGGAAUAUAUUAGGUCUAAUAUAACUGUUUCAUUGCUAAAAGAGUAAACAGUGGUGUCAACAGUUUAGCUGAUGCCAGCCCCGUCCCUGGAAUAAAAUGUAACUUUGAAAAGGCAAUGAACAUGAAUUCAUUUGGCUGAGCUUUCAGCUAAAAGAACAUGGAUGUUUUGUGAUUAGUCAAGGUAGUAAAAUUGUAACAAGAUUCACACUGUGACAAUGAGAGAUGCCGUCCUACAUUCAUUAAAGAAGCUAAAGAAGAUAAUGCUUAAUUGCUGUUUGGGCCUUAAUAUAAUGUUUCAGCCACUAGUUCUUUGCGAGAUUAUGAUGAAAUUAUGAUAAAUUUCAUGACCCACUAGUAAGGUCUGUGAAAUUUUGGAAUGUUAAUAAAAAAACAUAGAUGAUGUGCUAUAUUUAUAUAUGUAUGUAUCUGACAUUCAUCUCUCGGUUUAUCUGUCUGUUCUGCCUGCGUUGGUCUUGCCUGUACCUUCUGCUCUCUUCCUCUACGACAAAUCAUGCUUAGAGUUGCCUUCUUGUGGGUAAAAAAAAUGCCCAGUACUCCCAUAGGAUUAAUAUUUAUUUUUCAUGAAUUUGUGAGUGGUUUGCCAGUAACAAUAUAGAUGCUCUUUAUUAUUUAGCCAUCUGAUUAAAUAUAUGUUUGGGUGAACAUAGCCUUUCUGUCAUGAUGCUGCAUUUUUGGAUAUGAAGGGAAAAGAAGAGUGAAUUCUCCUCAGAUCCCAUGACAGGCACUCUCAAUUUAGAGGCAGCUUAAUAGUGUAUUGUUCCAUUCCACUCCUGUUGAGUCCUGCUCAGUGAAAGAGCACUAAUAAAAUGCUUGCGCACUACCGGGAAAAUCAAUAAAGCUACUCCAAGCCAAAUGUGAGCAGACUGUGAGCAGAUAAAGCACUGAAAAUAUGUAUGCACCUUUUUUUUUUUUUUUUAAGUAACAUAAAUGUAUUUUACUGUUUAUGUCAAUAAAUAUUUUAUAAUAUUCACCAAA